UUGAUGACUUCGCGGCUCUCCCGUUACUUUUUCAAAUGAAGCGAAACAAAGUUAACUUCGCUGUUUUCUGAGGAAAAGGACCAACAAAAGGUGGAGAUAGAGAAGACAACUCGACGUUUCUGGGGAUGGGGGACAUUAUGAAAAGUGUGAAGGACGAUGGAGAGGUGAUGGGAAUGACAGAAAAUCGAUUUACAAGAGAGGCGCCUCCCUCUGGGAUGUCCAAGAAUGGAUACUUCUUUCAAGAAAUGGAGCAGCGGGAGGUGGAGCAGGAGGAGGGCAGCGAGGGCCGAGAGGAGGGACAGGACUCGCCGAUCGCCUGCGGAGAUGACAUCCACCUCUAUGACAACCAGAUCAGCCCUGGGCCAGAUGCUGAUGACUCUGGUUGUGUUUUAUUGAACACAUCAAGAAAGUAUGUGAAGCUGAUGAAUUUUGAGGAGGAGGUUCGGGCGCACAGGGACCUGGAUGGCUUUCUAGCGAGGGCCACUAUCCUGCUGGAUGAGACGGCUGCCUCCUUGGAUGAUGUUCUGAAGAGAAUGCUGCACCAUGUGGGCCAGGACAGCCAUGUAUCCGAGCCCAGCUGCAACUUCGAGGAGGUGAUGAGCUUGCUUUUCACCGAUGCAGGUGCUCAGGAGGUCAACGACAAGUCUCAAAGUUUCGUUUUCUUUGAUGACGUCCACCUGCUGUCAGAGACGAUCCAAGGAGUGACGGCCACCGCCACCGGAGUCCAGUACCAGCAGUCAUGGCUCUGCAUCCUCUGCAACGUGAAGCAUCUCCAGAGGCGUCACGUGUGCAUCUCCCGCCUGGAGAGGCCGCAGAACUGGGGGGAGAACUGCUGCGAGGUCCGCUAUGUCAUCCUGAUACUGGCCCCGCUCAAAAUGAAAAGCACCAAGACGGCGAUGGAGCUCGGCAGGACGUUCGCCACCCUCUUCUCUGACAUUUCCUUCAGGCAGAAGCUGCUGGAGACAAAGACGCAGGAGGAGUUUAAGGAGGCGCUGGUGUUCCAGAGGCAUCAGCUGACGGCAACCAACCAGCAGCCCACUGCUCUAGGAAAGGAAGAGACCGACCCCCGCAGUCACAAACCCCUUAAGUGUAAAGACUUCUUCAAAGCUGGCCGGGGGAUUUAUGAAGACUUGUGCCGCAGGCUGCCGUUCUACCCCUCUGACUUCACAGAUGGUAUAGUUGGCAGCAACAAAACUCUGCUGAAGUACAUGACCACGGCCAUCUUCCUCUACAUCGCCAUCCUCCUUCCCGCCAUUGCUUUCGGCUCCCUCAAUGACGAGAGCACACGUGGCGAGAUAGAUGUUCGGAAGACCAUCAUUGGCCAGAGCAUCGGCGGGGUCAUCUACUCACUGUUUGCCGGCUCUCCUCUGGUCAUCCCUCUAACCACAGCUCCCCUCGCCAUUUUCAUCAGCGUGAUUAGAGGAAUCUGUGACGACUACAACCUGGACUUCCCAGCUUUCUACGCCUGCAUCGGUCUGUGGAACUGCCUCUUCCUCAUCCUUGGAGGUAUCUUCAAUGUCAGCCUGCUCAUGAAGCUCUUCAAAAGGUCGACAGAGGAGGUCAUUGCCCUGUUUAUUUCCAUUGCAUUUGUUGUAGAUGCAGUGAAAGGCACAGUCAAAAUCUUUCACAUGUACUACCAUGCUCCAACACUGGCUAACAGCAGUGUAGAAGACUUCCCUCAAAGUGGAGAUUUACUCGCUGGAAACAGGAGUGAGACAGCAGCCGCAUUAGCAAUCAACGUUCUCCCUGAAACCUUCAUCCAGUGCACUCGAGAAAGGCCUGUCCUCUGCCUCCUGCUGAUGCUCGGAACGUUAUGGAUGGGCUACACCCUCUACCAGUUCAAAAGGAGUCCAUUCCUGCAUGCCAAAGUGAGGGAGGUGCUGUCGGACUGCGCCCUGCCGAUCUCAGUGCUCCUGUUCUCCUUCAUCGGCUCCUACCUUUUCAGCGACAUUGAGCUUCCAGUGUUCAAAGUUCACGACCGGCCGAUCUUCAACGUGGCUCCGUUUGAGCGUCUGUCUGCAAUGAAUGUCCUUAGCGCCAUGGGCCUUGGCUUCCUCCUCGCCCUGCUCAUCUUCAUCGACCAGAAUAUUGUUGUGUCGCUGACCAAUGCACCAGAGAACAGGUUGCUGAAGGGCACAGCGUAUCACUGGGACCUGAUGCUCUCCGGUCUCAUUAACAUACUGAUGUCAGUGCUGGGGUUGCCCUGGAUGCAUGCCGCCUUCCCCCACUCCACCCUUCAUGUUCGCCAGCUGGCUUUCGUGGAGCAGCGCGUGGAGGGGGGGCACCUCUAUGAGACUAUCGUCCAGGUGAAGGAGACACGGCUGACGUCUCUGACUGCCAACAUCUUUAUCGGCGUGUCGGUGCUGCUGCUGCCCCUCCCGCUACAGUGGAUCCCCAAACCGGUCCUGUACGGCCUCUUCCUCUACAUCGCUCUCACCUCCAUCGACGGAAACCAGAUGUGCGACCGCAUGGCUCUCCUCCUCAAGGAGCAGACGUCCUACCCGCCUACCCACUACAUCCGCAAAGUGCCCCAGAGAAAGAUCCACUACUUCACCUUCCUGCAGAUGAUGCAGCUGCUGGUGCUGUGUACGUUUGGCAUGUACCCGAUACCGUACAUGAAGAUGAUCUUCCCUCUGCUCAUGAUCCUGCUAAUUCCAAUCAGGAACAACGUGCUUCCUCAUAUCAUUGAGGCCAAAUACUUGGACAUAAUGGAUGCCCAACACAUGUAGCUACAGGUGGAACCACAUGUUCUGGAAACACAAAAGAGACGUCCAGAACUAAAGAAAAAAGAAACGAGGAGUUAAAAAACAAACAUAUUUUUCAAUGCAAAACUGUACGGAAGCAAAAAAAAAAGGAAGGAGAAAUAGCGACUGUUUGAUUUUUGUAUCUGAUGAGAACAGUCUUACAGGUGAAGCACUGGAAAUGUGGGACGUCGGGUGAGGAGGAGAGAUGAGGGGAAAUGUUUUUCCGGACAUGGACAGACAGCAUCUCUCCCAGGAGGAAAAAAAAAAACACACACAAACGGGACCGCCCAGAACUCCCUGUUUCACCUCUGUUUGACCCUGUCAGAUUGUUCAGUGCCAUAUACCUCCAUGUUCUCCUCUCAUACCUUUACAUUUUAUGCUAACAUUUUACUGCAGUGUGUUCAUCUGUGUUUUAAGCUAUGGGUAAGUGCUUCAAGUACUCACUAGUACUGUGUAAGUAAGAAAAAUGCUGUCAGUAGAGCGCUUAGAAAGGUGUAACUGCACAAUGUAAGUAUGAACAGUAUCUGUUUCUGACACUUUGACACUCACAUUGUGUUUUUACGCUAUCAUCAGAGGCGAUUUUACAUACUUACACCGUAUUGAUAAGUGCUUAAACACUUCUCCAGGAGGAAGAGCACUGCAUUUAGGCCACAGCAAAGAAAUCUUUUAUAUUUCUGUCAUUGUGCAGUGUUAAACCUCUUCAUUCCUCCACCUUUUAGCUGUGAUGUCCCUUUUUCUAUGAAGGACACUUAACAUAUUUCUUUCAGAAUCAUUCCAACAGAAGUCAGCGUUCAUUAAAAAGAGGGCAAAUGAGCGUGUUUGUGAGAGCGUGUGUUUGUGUGCUUGUGUCAUGGACACAUUCCUACUCUGUCCUCCAUCUAGCUUCUUGCCAGCGUUUCAGAAAACCUCAUUUUUUAAGAUGAAUAAAGGAAUACAUUCCACAGUUAUAUGUAUGAAUAAUAAAUGUAAUUAUUUAGAAUGACAGCACAAACCAAAACAUCUAGUGAAAUCUUUAUCAAAUUAUAAAUAUAUUAGAAUAUAUUAUGGCAAUAUACAAAAAGUAUUUUAGGUUAAAUUGAAAUAGAAUAUUUAUUUAUCAUGAUGACAGUCUAUCUUUUAAGUGCUAAAUGAUAAUUUUGUGUGUUUACCCUGAACUGGAAAUAGAUUUAUACGUCUCUUGUUUGUUUCUUUACAUUCCACGGGUUACUGAUUGUUGAAUUUUCACUGUUGUUUCAGUUCAGACCAAAAGAUUCAUGACUCAACGAGAUCGUCUAGGACAUUUAAUCUGGAACGUCCUCUAUAGCGAUUGCAUCGGAUUUGUUUUGCAUACUUCAAUCCAUUUUGGAAAGGCAGAACCUUUCAAACAAAUAUAAGAGAGUGAUUGGAUGAACGGUCUUGUCUGUCACGUUCAUUAUGAGCCAAUCAGUGCAACAGAUGAGAGUUUAGGUGUGCACUUCCCCAGGGAAUAAACUCUGUAACACAAGCUUGACAUGCAGCCAUCAACUUUGUUCACCAUCAGUGGAUCAAGUUGAUAAAUUAAGCUCUUACUGAAGCUGGUUGGGAAGACAGACAGCUGCUCUACUAAGGAAAGCUCUCAGUCUGGUUCUCUGCUCUUCUAUAAAGAAAGAAAUGUCUAGUUCUGAUAAAACUGCCGUUAUAGCUGCAUCCAUGCUAAUGUCCUCACUAGCCAGUAGCCACCAUUGUUUACAGACUUGCAAUACAACUAAACCAGGCCAGUAGCUACUGCCUUGUUCUCCUGAAAUGAAGCCGAUUCAUUUUUUAAUUUUUCAGAUUGUGCACAAAUGUUACAGAUUACAGCUUUGCAAGAUGGAUCUGCCUGACGACAGGUGUGAAAUCUGGCCAAUCUAUUGGCUUUGCAAGAUUAAGGGUGUCCAUGGUCGGUGCAUUUUUUCGAUUGGUGUGCUUAUUACAAUUCAAAACCAAUGCAGUCCAGCAUUCUCAGCGCCCUGGACAGAAAACCAGCCUCAGCAUCAGCUGUUUUUGUCACCACAUUUAAAGCACUCUAGUGGAAAACGGUUCAACUCAUUAAUGUCACUUGCAAUCAAAAUCAAGAAGAUCUGACUUAUCUUUUUGAGGAUAAAGUUUACAGCUGCUGCCCAUGUGAGGACAUGGUUGCUUUACAUUGUUUUGGUUUUCUUUGUGAUAUUUCCUUGAAAAGGGACAUUGGAAGCACACAGAGCUGUUUUAAAACAGUGUCAUAAAUAACAAGUUUCAUAGCCUUGCAAUAAUAACCACCAAUGUGAACUGCUCUAAAACUGAUGUUGUGAUUUUCGCCAACUGAAAACUACAGCUUAUGGCCACACUGAUGGCCUAAGCAGUUGGGCUGCACCCCAUGUAUGUGGACAGCCCAUGUUUUAGUCUGGCCUUUGGUUACUUUCCCGCCUGUCUCAGCCCUGCUCUCUCAUCCCUGUUUCCAACUCUAUUACAGUGCCAAAGGUCUUAACACUCCCGCGUUGUUUAAAAUUAUUGUCAAGCACAUCCAAAACGUGCUCCCACCACUUUCAUCCAUGCCAGGGUCAAGGAAGCGUACCACGCAUGACCACACUAUGGAGCUCACUAGUCAAAAAAGAUGUUUUUUUGGGCAUGGCACAAAUUGCCAAACCCUCAUUGAUUACUUUUGUUGAGAAGCAGCCCUGUCUUUAUGACAAUGAAGGUGAAAUUCACAAAAGACAGAACAUCUCUGGCCUCAAACUUCCAGCACAAAUUGGCAUAAGCCUCCUGGGUAUUCCACUGAAGUAUCCACGGAUCUAUCUGGAUCCUCCCUUUUUUGUAUGUUUUCACUUUUUUAACUUCAGCAAAAUUGAACUUUGCUAACACUUUGUUGAUCUAUUACGUUGAGCUGAAUGUGUGGUCUGCCACAUAUCUAAAGGAGACACUUUGCAGUGUUUACGUAAUUGUCAGGGAAAAGGGUCAAAUACGCUCCAUUCUCUCGGCUUAGUAUCAGUGUUGAAUUUCCUCCAAUAGCAUUGUUUGACCAUUUUUCUUAGUUCUAACUGCAGAAAUGUUAAUAAAACUGCAGUAAAAUCUUCAUUUAUGAUGCUUUCUUUGAAGGCCUUUCUUGGUGCAUUGUGUAGUUGCAAGCUAUGUUUUUGACUCAUAAAGUUGAAACAAUGGGUUGUGUGCAACUGAGGCAUCAAUAUUGCACACUAGUAGUUGUGUGCAGCAACAAGACAAGACAGGCAUGGUGGUAAUAGAUGCACAGAGCAUCAUUGCAAUGAAAACGGUGCAGCAUCUCCACCAGUUGCAGUAGUAUGAAUAGACUUUAUCUCGUCUGUCAUGAAUCUUUGGUCUGAACUGGGGUUUACAUCGGGCUUUGUCGCAGUGUUUACAUAUCAAAGUCCCCUCCAGCUCCAUGUCAAAGACAUACACAGUUCUGGUGCAUUGCUGGGAACAAUGAACGUCAGGUAAAGGGUUAAAAAAAGGACUUAGAAUAGAAUUGUGGGCUUUGGGUUCAACAAAAAUGCAUCCUUUUUUAGUUUUAUUAGGUGAACAAGUGUUCAGAGACGAGUUUUAGAAUAAUCUGGUCUUGUUUUCUAUUUAGAUGUUAUGAUUAGAUCAAUGCUUGCAAACGUUGUCAUGUAAUACUCCAGACGUCUGGAGAGAUUAUCUUGUUAUCUACAGAGCAAAAACAGAAAAAAAAAUUAGGCAAUGGUUUGCUUAAAGCAUGCCUCAUCUGGGUUUUUGAUACGAUGUGAUGCCACUGGUCAUGUAUCCUACAAAAAACGUAGCAGCGUCUCAGUAAACCGAAUGCAAUGUUCAAUAUUCAGCAAUACUGUGUAUAAACUUCACUGAGAUUUGGGUUUCCCAGCAAAGGAAAAAAACAGGCCAGCUAUAUUUUUCAAGCAGCAACUUCUCAAUUCAUCCUCAUGCUACAAAAACCGCUCUACUCUGAUUCAAUGACUGCACACCUUUAGGAGAAAAAACAAGGGUUUGUCUUCAAGCACGGCAUCCCCAGUGCAGGUUUUAGUUGCUUUCCCAGUAUCCAAAUGGCAGCUCCCUCUUGUUCAACUUUUGUCUUACAGAUGUGAGAAAGAUGUCCAACUUAAGCAGAGAUAGCAAAGCAUGAAGGGAAAGCUUGGUGGCGUUUGCAUAAUCCUUGGACUGAGGCUUAAGACAGCACUAGUGACAGAACAGAGAGAUUGUGAGGUAUGAAGUAAUAUGUACAGUUUGCAAUGCAAAGUUUAGUUUCUUUCAACUCUCCAUUAUAAUCCACAGCAAGGUAUUAGUUUCUAACUUUGGCACGAGUACAGAGAUUUAACCAUUCUUCUUCUUAUGUGACAGUAUUGUUGUUGUUCCUUGAUAUCUUCUCUGUACUGAUGAUCUUUGGAAUAGCAGCAAACUUCUCUCAGAGGAUCGACUUUGGAUUCAGAGUGAACGACAUAUUACUCUGUUCGUGAAACCUUGACUCCCCUCCUCCUAAUUGGAUUUGUUUGAAAAAUUGCGUAUACUGUGGUGUUUUGGUUUAUUUUCUUUUUCUUUUCCCUGAUUUCAUAUAGCCUACUUUUUCUAAUCAUGAAUGUAAAGAUGUGUGGAUUUUUAUAUAGCAUAAUAAUUUAGGUGUCAAACAGAAACUGUAAUUUUGUCUAAAAGAUCAGCUAUAUUUGUAAGCUGUAAUAUGUAAAAAUGAGGAAAAAAAUGGUUAUCAAACAGAAUGUGUUGGUUUAUUAUAGUAUAUAUAUAUACUGUACACUGAAAAAGAGAGACUAUCUCAAGCUGUUUGCCAAAUAAAAAGUA